CUGAGCCAUCUUGUGUUUAGCAGAACAAAAACGGAGGAAGGAGCCGGAGGAUGGGGCGCAGAUGUUAGGACGAGUCUCCAGACUGGGAACCACAAAGGCUCGGUGCAGCGGGACAGUAUGCUCGGCAGUGUAGCACCGCGGACAAACGGCAGCCACACCCCGGAGAACCGCUAAUGUUACCGUUAGCUCGAAGGCUAUUGAAGCUAAGCUAGCCAAUUAGCUCAGGCUAGUAACCCAGGGACGUUAGAGAGAGGCGGCUUAAAGUUUCUCUCUGACCCCGCUGAACCAGCCGCUGAGAUUCGUAAAUAAUUUCACCACAACCAGGAGGGACCUCGGAGGAGAUGGGCCGGACGCGGUGUUGAUUAUCUGCCGAGAGGAACCCCGGGCUAUGAGGAUUGGGGCUAGCUGCUAGCUCGGCUGCUAACAGUUGUUUUUCGUUCCUGAGCGGAACCACAAUAAGCCGCGGCCCUGGCCAUGCCCUCGAAUGCACGGGCGGGCAAUCUGAAGGACCCCGAGGUGGCAGAUCUUUUUUGCAAAGAUGAUCCGGAGAAGCUUUUCGCUGACCUCCGAGAGAUCGGCCACGGCAGCUUCGGAGCGGUGUACUUUGCCCGAGAUGUGCGAAACAAUGAGGUGGUGGCCAUCAAGAAAAUGUCCUACAGCGGCAAGCAGACCAACGAGAAAUGGCAGGACAUCAUCAAAGAGGUGAAGUUCCUGCAGAAGCUUCGUCAUCCAAACACCAUCGAGUAUCGAGGCUGUUACCUGAAGGAACACACGGCAUGGCUGGUGAUGGAGUACUGCCUCGGCUCGGCCUCAGACCUCCUCGAAGUUCACAAAAAGCCGCUCCAGGAAGUAGAAAUCGCUGCUAUUACCCACGGUGCACUGCAGGGAUUAGCAUAUCUACACUCUCACAAUAUGAUUCACAGGGACGUGAAGGCGGGAAACAUUCUGCUGACGGAGCCCGGUCAGGUCAAACUGGGCGACUUCGGUUCGGCCUCCAUCGUGGCUCCGGCCAACUCGUUCGUGGGGACGCCCUACUGGAUGGCUCCAGAGGUGAUCUUGGCCAUGGACGAGGGUCAGUACGACGGGAAAGUGGACGUCUGGUCUCUGGGAAUCACCUGCAUCGAGCUGGCCGAGAGGAAGCCGCCACUGUUCAAUAUGAAUGCAAUGAGUGCCUUAUACCACAUCGCUCAGAAUGAAAGUCCCAUCCUGCAGUCCAACCACUGGUCUGAUUCGUUCCGUAACUUCGUGGACUCCUGCCUACAGAAGAUUCCCCAGGACCGGCCUACCUCGGACGUGCUGCUGAACCAUCGCUUCUUGUGCCGCGAGCGUCCGCUGACCGUCAUCAUGGACCUGAUCGCUCGGACCAAGGACGCCGUGAGGGAGCUGGACAACCUGCAGUACCGCAAGAUGAAGAAGAUCCUGUUCCAGGAGACGCAGCAGAACGGGCCGGUGUCGGAGGCCGGGGAGGACGAGGAGGAGGUGGAGCAGUACCUGCUGCAGACCGGCACUGUUAACAGCAUGGAGAGCUCCCAGUCCGUUCCCAGUAUGUCCAUUUCAGCCAGUUCUCAGAGCAGCUCGGUCAACAGUCUGGCCGACGCCUCCGACGACAGCAGCAGCGAGAUGGCCAUGAUGCAGGAGGGCGAGCACACCGUCACCUCCAACAGCUCCAUCAUCCACCGGCCCACGGGUCAGGACAACAUCUACGAUGACCCCUACCAGCCAGAGAUGGAUCAGCCUCAGGCUCCUUCAGCCGGACGACGUCGAGCUUAUUAUCGAAACCGCGACCACUUCGCCACCAUCCGCACCGCGUCUUUGGUGACCCGUCAGAUCCAGGAGCACGAGCAGGGGUCGGCGCUGAGAGAGCAGAUGUCCGGCUAUAAGCGAAUGAGGCGGCAGCACCAGAAGCAGCUGAUGGGUUUGGAGAACAAGCUGAAGGCGGAGAUGGACGAACAUCAGCUGAAGCUGGACAAGGAGCUGGAGAACCAGAGGAACAGCUUCUCUACGGAGGCUGACAAGCUGGCCAAGAAACACCAGGCCAUCCUGGAGAAGGAGACGAAAGCAGCUCUGGCAGAAGAGAAGAAGUUCCAGCAGCACAUACUGGGCCAACAGAAGAAGGAACUGACCAGUUUACUGGAGUCACAGAAGCGCCAGUAUCGCCAGCGCAAAGAGCAGCUCAAAGAGGAGCUGAGCGAGAACCAGUCGACUCCAAAGCGUGAGAAGCAGGAGUGGUUGAUCCGCCAGAAGGAGUGUCUGCAGCAGAUGCAGGCCGAGGAGGAGGCCAGUCUGCUGCGGAGGCAGAGGCAGUACUACGAGCUGCAGUGUCGCCAGUACAAGAGGAAGAUGCUGCUGGCGCGACACAACCUGGAGCAGGACCUGCUCAGAGAGGACCUGAACAAGAAGCAGACCCAGAAGGACCUGGAAUGUGCCAUGUUGCUGCGACACCACGAGUCCACGCAGGAGCUGGAGUUCAGGCAGCUGGGCUCGGUGCAGAGAACCAGAGCCGACCUGAUCCGAACGCAGCACCAGACCGAACUGACCAACCAGAUGGAGUACAACAAGAGGCGUGAGCAGGAGCUUCGACAGAAACACGCCAUGGAGGUCCGGCAGCAGCCCAAGAGCCUCAAGUCCAAAGAGCUGCAGAUUAAACGCCAGUUCCAGGAGACCUGUAAGAUCCAGACCCGCCAGUACAAAGCGCUGAGGAACCACCUGCUGGAGAGCACUCCAAAAUCCGACCACAAGGCCGUCCUCAAACGCCUCAAAGAGGAGCAAACACGUAAGCUGGCCAUCCUGGCCGAGCAGUACGACCACUCCAUCAACGACAUGCUGUCCACACAGGCUGUGAGUAAGCUUCGGCUGGAUGAGACUCAGGAGGCCGAGUACCAGGUUCUGAGGAUGCAGCUGCAGCAGGAGCUGGAGCUGCUCAACGCCUACCAGAGCAAGAUCAAGAUCCACACCGACACCCAGCACGAGCGGGAGGUGAAGGACCUGGAGCAGCGGGUGUCGAUCCGCCGGGCGCUGCUGGAGCAGAGGAUUGAGGAGGAGAUGCUCUCCCUGCAGAACGAACGCUCGGAACGAAUCCGGACUUUGCUGGAGCGUCAGGCUCACGAGAUCGAGGCGUUUGACUCGGAGAGCAUGCGUCUGGGCUUCAGCAACAUGGCGCUGUCCGGCAUCCCGGCCGAGGCCUUCAACCAGGGCUAUCCGACCCCCAGCCCGUCCUCGGGCUCCAGCGGCUGGCCGUCGAGACCCGUCCCGCGAUCCGGCAGCCACUGGAGCCACAGUGUACAGAACUCGGUGGCGACUCCGUCCUGGCGCAGUCAGAACCACGGUGGCGGCGGCUUCAGCCGGGCCGAGUCCAUCGCCUCCUCCCACGGCCUCGGCAGGGACAGUGAGCUGAUUAAGACCGGCAGGGUUCACUCUUCCUCGUCCUCCUCGUCCUCCUCGUCCUCCCACCACCAGCAGCACUACCUCCCCCAGCACUACCAGCACCACCAGAGCACUCCGCAGCUCUACCGCGACUCCCACGACUCCAGGGAGCGCGAGCGGGCCCGAGAGUGGGUGGGCGGAGGAGGCCACUACUCCCAUCACUCCCAGGGCCACCACCAUCACCUCUCCUCCCACGCCUCCUCCCAGUCCCUGGCUCUGCUGCCUCCCCCGCCGCCGCCUCCCCCCAUCUCCCUCUCCUCUUCCUCCCCUCCCUCCUCCGCCUCCUCGUCGUCGUCAUCACAGGGAGGCUACGGCGGCGGCGGCCUGAGUGUCCGGGGUCCCAGCCUGAUGGCGCUCAGGAACAGCCCCCAGCCGCUGAGGAGGACGGCGUCCGGCGGUCCGGGCGGCGGCAGCGACGGCGGUUUGAGCCGGAGCACAUCGGUCACCUCCCACAUCUCCAACGGAUCCCACCUCUCCUACUCCUGAAGGCCUCCUUCACUGAGGAAACUACAGGGCUACGAGCUGAUUCCAAUACAGGAGCAGUUCAGAGAGGGAGGGAAGGAGGGAGCGGUUAGUUUUUACUUUUUAGAUUUUAAAACGUGAAUAAUUUCAUUCUUUGAAAAACACACACAAAUACCCUUAUUUUAAGCGUAUGUUUUAAGAUCUCCUUGCUGGAAGUGUGCAGGGAUGUUCAGCUGCAGGAAAAGAAAGAGAGGACGCCUUCAGGGCUGCAGCGGUGUAUGGCAAGUCAGCUUCACAUUUAAUAGCUGCAAAUGUCUAAUUCAGUUCGUCAAAGAGAUCAUCUGCAGCUAAAGUAUGACGAAUUGUAAUUAUCUGUCUCGUCAUAAUCUGCUUCACAAUUUUAAACAUCCUGAAUAAACUUAAUUUAGAUAUCCUAAAUGAGGUUUUUAGAUAUCUUACAUUAAGGUUGAACUAAUUGAAGGGAGGUGUUUUAAAUUUGUUAACAACCAGCCGGAGUGAUGCUGAUUUGAGGGACUGCAUUGUGCGAUAACUGGUUUCUGUCAUUUUGACUGUUCAAAACUGAGUCACGGAUAUUUUCAGAUGUCGUUUUGAAUAGUCAGAAUGAUGCUACAGAUAUCUGGAAUCAGCCUCUGACUAAUCACAGUCCAGUAUCUAAAGUAACGCUGCAGAUGUGGGUCAUUUUAAAACUUAGCGCCUGGCGAGGGAUGUCGAGAGUGCAAUGCAAGUUUCUGAUGAGUGGUGUGAUUAUUUUGUCUCUGGCUGUAGUUUCACUGGUCAGAAUGACAUUGUUAAUGUCUGUAUUUUAAAGAUAGUCACACUUAGCUAACAGCUCGCAAUGACGUUAAACCAUCUGUUGAGGGAUGUCAGUGCUGUUGCGUUUUCAGCCAAAACCGAACUACAAGCAUCUCCGUAUUGUUUCGGCCGGUCAGGCUGAUGUUGUCAUUUUAGCUCCGACAUCAACUUCAGCUAUUAAAUGUCAAAGCGGCUUGCCAUAGCAGGAGUGUUUUAAAACCCUGAGUUGCACAGGAGCAGAGAUAUAAUCAGAAAAAAAUAAGACGUGAAAAUGAGCCAUGUGUUGCGAAGUGAACAAGUCGAACCAUCCGGGGGGAAAAAAACAAAAAAACAAAAACUUGUUUGCUUUGUAGCCUCCAUUGCACAGUGUUGAGGGUUUAGACGGACUCGCCUGUCGGAUCAGGUGUUCAGAGUCGCAGCAGGUUUCUUUUUUCUUUUGUUUUGUAUCGAACUGAGCGACAGUUGUGGAGCUUCCACUUGGCUAGCGGUGCUUUAAAAACCACUGUAACUAUGUAAAUAACGCUAAAAUUGUAAACCCGGUUUUUGAUUUCUGAGUGUUUCAUAGCUGGGGGGGGAGGGGAGGGGGAGGAGUCGACCAAGGGAAGAUUUCUUGAAAACACAAUUCUUUUACUCGUAGUGAUAAGAUUCUGUAUAUGACAAUAAAAAAAAAACAACACACACACUGCCAUCUUUCUGUUGGGCUGCAGAGAAACUCUACCACUGCCCUCUGAUCUUCUUAAAGGAACCGUUGGAAACUUUGGGAGCGUUUACAGUCAGAAUUAGAUUCAAUCGACGAGUUCACGACAGAAGUAGCUCCGAGUUUUAUUUAGCUUAGCGCUGAUGCUAAAAGCAGCUUCCAACAGCUUCACAUGGACGAGAUCUGUGUGCGGAGACAAACUGUGAGUGGGAAGGCAGCAGCAGCAGCCCACCAAACAUGACAUUUAUAUACAACUAGAAGAACGCUGCUUGUUCUUAGACUUCAGCUUCAUUUGAACUCUUUCAGUUUUUGCUCACUGGUUGUGUUUACUACAGUAUCACACUUUCACAAUUAAUAACAGCUUUUACAAGUUAAGGCACCAAAAACAUCACAGUUGAGGUUCAAAUACUUUCAAUACCUGAUUGAAGCCUUUGUGAUGGAAAAACUAUUAAAUUAAUGGAAAAGAUGUGUUGACUAGAAACAUGUUUGUGAUCCUUCACAAACAAACAUAAUCCAUUAGAAAAUACACGAAACUAAAAGAGAAAACUCUGCUGGUACAUCCCAUAAUAUUGAUG